AUGCAGAACCUCGACUCCACCAUAAACAUCCUCGACGACGGUGUGAGCGACAUGCCACGGCUAGCUAAGGUGCUACAAACAACAAGACAUUUCGAGCUCAUUUCCGAAACCGACCUCCAAACCGCGCAGUCCGCGCUCCUCUCUGAGAUUCGUCCCGAGGUGGAUAACCUACUGAAACGCGUCGAAAACUACCUGGACAAGCUCGAACGCCGCGAACAGUCUUUGAUUGCAAAAUGCGAUCUGAACGAUGGCCGCCUCGGACGCGAUAGCACGGGGGGGCCGGGCUCUAGCUCUAGACCGGCCAGUAGAGCGGCGGCAGGGCGAAGCAGUGCAAGAGCAGUGACUGCACAGCAAGAGCUGAAGUAUAAGCAGCUGAAGGCACGGAAAGAUAGGCUGAGCUAUGCUGUGGAGACGCUGGAGCUGCAGGCGAAGCAAAGGGAGAGACAGCUGAGAAUGAGCAUGGCCGCUCCGCAGCAAUUCGAUGAUUACUAG